AUGGAAGAAAGCUCAAGUUUAUCGGCAAUGGCACCUCCUGUCUUCAAUGGUGAAAAUUUUCACAUGUGGGCAGUGAGGAUGGAAGCUUAUCUCAAAGCUUUAGAUCUUUGGGAGGCAAUCGAAGAAGACUAUGAAGUUCUUCCACUACCCGAAAACCCAACAAUGGCUCAACUCAAAAAUCACAAGGACAAGAAAACCAGAAAAUCUAAGGCAAAGGAAUUUCUUUUUUCAGCAGUCUCUUCUACAGUUUUCACUCGUAUCAUGUCUCUAAAAUCAGCAAAAGCCAUCUGGGAUUAUCUCAAGGCAGAAUAUCAAAGGCUUAUGAGCAUAGAAAAUAGAGUAAAAUUACUUGGUUCUGAGUUUAAAGACUUGCGUAUUGUUGAAAAGAUUAUGGUUACUGUACCUGAAAGAUUUGAAGCCACCAUUACCACUUUGGAGAACACCAAGGAUCUGUCAAAAAUCACUUUGGUUGAAUUAUUGAAUUCCAGGCUCAAGAACAAAGAAGGGUUAUGA